AUGCCGACCGUUCGGAAUCCCAUCCUCCCCGGGUUCAACCCGGAUCCCUCCAUCGUGAGGGUCGGAGACGACUACUACAUCGCGACGUCGACCUUCGAGUGGUUCCCCGGCGUGCAGAUCCACCACUCCAAGGACCUCGCCAACUGGUCCCUCGUCACCCGGCCCCUGACGCGCCGGUCCCAGCUCGACAUGCGCGGCGACCCGGACAGCUGCGGCGUCUGGGCGCCCUGCCUCUCCCACGACGGCGACCGCUUCUGGCUCGUCUACACCGACGUCAAGCGCAAGGACGGCUCCUACAAGGACACCCACAACUACAUCGUCACCGCGCCUUCCAUCGAGGGCCCCUGGUCCGACCCCUACUACGUCAACUCCUCUGGCUUCGACCCCUCCCUCUUCCACGACGACGACGGCCGCAAGUGGUUCGCCAACAUGAUGUGGGACCACCGCCGCCGGCCCCACGCCUUCACCGGCAUCGUCCUCCAGGAGUUCGACCCCAAGCUCGGAAGGCUCGUCGGCCCCAAGAAGAACAUCUUCCGCGGCACCGAGCUCGCCCUCGUCGAGGGCCCCCACCUCUACAGGCGCAACGGCUGGUACUACCUCCUCACGGCCGAGGGCGGCACCGCGUACGAGCACGCCUGCACCCUCGCCCGCUCCCGCGACAUCUGGGGCCCCUACGAGCUGCACCCCCAGAAGUACGUCAUCACGUCCAAAGACGCCCCCUUCGCCGCCCUCCAGCGCGCGGGCCACGGCGACAUCGUCGACACCCCCGACGGGAAGACGUACAUGGUCCACCUGACAGGCCGUCCGACGACGCAGAAGCGGAGGUGCGUCCUCGGCCGCGAGACGGGCCUGCAGGAGGCCUACUGGGCGGACGACGACUGGCUAUACGUCAAGAACGGCCCCGUCCCGUCACUCCACGUCGAGGUGCCCGGCACGCCGGACGAGAGCGCGUACUGGGCCGAGAAGAAGUACACAUUCGAAGACGGCCUGCCGCAGGAUUUCCAGUGGCUCAGGACGCCGGAGCCCGAGCGCAUCUUCAGGACGGAGGGCGGGAAGCUGACACUCAUCGGGCGGGAGUCGGUCGGGUCGUGGGUCGAGCAGGCGCUGGUGGCGCGGCGGCAGACGCACUUCUCGUACGACGCCGAGACGGUGGUCGAGAUCGCGCCGACGGACGAGCGCGAAUUCGCGGGCCUGAUCGCGUACUACUGCCGCUACAACUUCUUCUACCUCACCGUGACGGCGCACUCGGACGGCGAGCGGGAGCUGCUGAUCCAGAGCUCCGAGGCGUCGUGGCCGGACGGCAACCUCGCAGAGCCCUUUGUCGACCCCAUCCCGCUGCCUGAUUCGGGCAAGGUGAAGCUCGCUCUUACGAUCCGCGGGCCGGCGUUGCAGUUUUACUACGCGCUCGAGGGCGAGGAGUUGAAGAAGGUCGGGCCUGUGUUCGACGCGUCGGUUCUGUCGGACGAGUGCGGUGGCCACCAGGCGCACGGUAGCUUCACCGGUGCCUUUGUCGGCGUUGCUGCUUCGGAUUGCAACGGUACGGCGAGGGAGGCUACGUUUGAUUACUUUGUUUAUCGGCCUGUUCGGGAUGAGAGUGAUCGGUACGAGAUCUGA